GUUUCUCGUGUAAACGCUCAUCAUCUUCAACCCAGGCGAGACCAGACGACGCGUGCCCACUUCAUCUGUCUGUAGUCAACGUGUUGGUCAGUUUUGCACUGAUUUCAUUGUUGUGUAUAUCGUAGCAGCCGUCCAACAAUCCAUUCUUUGCCUCUUCAUGGCUUCUUCAGUUUUCUACAAGUUCAAGUCCCAGAGGGAUGAGUCUCGGGUGACCUUUGAUGGCACCGGGAUCUCUGUUUUUGACCUGAAAAAGGAAAUCAUAUUGGCCAAUAACUUGGGUAAGGCAAAUGACUUCGACCUAUAUGUAUAUGAUGCUUCGGCACAGCAAGAGUAUAAAGAUGAUUCUCAGAUCAUUCCUCGUUCUUCGUCUGUCAUUGUGAAGCGUCUCCCUUCAUCGCGCCCAGGAAAGGGCAAAGCAGCCAUGUACCUUAGUGGUACCAAUGGUGGUACCCACACUCCUACUUCUGAUAUUAUCCAGAGACCUGGUGGAAGUGGUGGUUUAUGGCACAAGGGUGCGAUGUCGAAGCGCUUUGACCUCAAAGAGGAAUCAUCUCCUACACCAAAAUUAGCUGGCCCAACUUCUAUUCCCAAAAAUGCUGUCACAAAGGACGAUGAGGCAGCCGCGAUGGCUGCUAUGUUCCAGGCCCAGACUGCUAACUGGGAAGAAACCCAGGAAAAGAUGUCUCAGUUGGUAUCGCGUUUUCGCGCUUUUUGUCUUAGUAGUAGAACGAGUCUCAUGAACGUGAUUUUGCUUUCUUGUGCCCAUCAAUUGGGUGUAAACAGCGCUGUGCCCAUAUAUAACAACCCCAGGGGAACAUCUAGUCGUGGUGGGAAACCAUUUACUCCUCACCAACGUCCCCAGCCAGAACGACCGUUACCUCCUAGCUAUGUUUGUUACCGAUGUGGGCAGAAAGGUCAUUGGAUACAAGAUUGUCCUACGAAUAGCGAUCGUGAGUUCGACAACAAGCCUCGAAUCAAAAGGACUACUGGUAUUCCGCGAAGUUUCUUGAAAGCUGUUGAAAAUCCAAAUAAAGGCGAGAUCACGCAAGGUGUGAUGGUCACACCAGAAGGUGGUUAUGUCGUUGCCCAGCCUGACUUGGCUUCUUGGCAGAAACAAUUAUCCCGUCCGAAGGGUUUGACUGCUGCUGACGUUCGGGAACGCCCUCCUACCGAUGCUUCCCUUGCCUGUCCCAUAGACAACAGAUUAUUCCGUGACGCUGUCAAGACGCCUUGCUGUGACACUUCAUAUUGCGAGGAAUGUAUCCAGACAUAUUUACUUGAGCGCGAUUUUACCUGCCCCAAGUGCGGCAAGAAGAUAGCUUCACUUGACAAAGUUGUCAUGGAUAAGCCAAUGCGAACGAGGGUCGCUGACUAUAUCGAUAAGGUUAUGGAAGAGAGUAGAAAAGAAAGUGAAGAGAGCUCCACACAUUUCCUUUCUAACGGCCAGGGUGAUGCGGACAACUCUAUAAAUGACGACUUCUAUUCAGAUCAGCAACCUAGCAUGGAUAUGUCCCAGAUGAUUGUUGACAACAUCCCGUCCCUUCAAGCUCAGAUUUCUCAAAUAUCAAUCAUGCUUCAGAAUCCAUCCCUACCGAACCAGGUGCGGCAGACCACAGAAAUCAAGUAUCAGCAGCUCCAGAUGCAACUACAACAAGCUCAAGCUAUCGCCGCGACCCUUGCUGUUGCGACCAGUCUUCAGCAACAGCAGCAGCAACAGCAGCAGCAACAACAACAGCAGCAGCAGCAGCAGCAGCAGAACGUCAAUCCCUUGGCCUACGGGAUGCAAAGUCAGCAGUGGACCAAUCAGUUUCCGAGCCAACAACCAGUUGGCCAUGACUCUGCUUAUCAACGGUUGCCCGUCAACAAUCGCCGCCGGAACUUGAAGCGGGAUCGUCCCUCAGAUUUCUUAGAUGUCACUGGUGAAAGUGAACACAAAAUGCCCAGGUACUGGGAGUAAUUCGAAGUCCUUUGGAUGGAGAGGGAGGACUACAUUUGUAGCCUACACAGAUAGCUAAUAUGUCGCACUUUGCAUGUAUACACAAACAUUGGCAAAAUAUAGUUAUUUUAUCCUGUUA